UGUUGAUUGGUAGAUUAGAUCGUAAGCAUCAUAUUGAUUUGUAAACUAUUUCUGUUUAUAAGAUGUUGAGAUUUUACGAGAAUGAAAUAUUUUAUAAUAUGCUUUUCAUAAUGUAAAUAUAUAUUCAACUUAAAACCGGAAUAAUUUUUGCAUCAAUCUUAACAUGAAAUAAUAUGGUACGAGGUGGUCGUGGAGGAAUGAUCAGAGGUGGUCGUGGUGGUAUGGGUCGUGGAAUGGGCUUUCCACGAAAGCAGUUCCUACCACGUCACCCAUUUGAUUACACAUUAUGUGAAGCUGCUUUUCCACGUGUUAAGCCUAUCCCAGAUGAGUCAGACUUCCAAACAGCUCUCUUGAAGAAGAAUACUGAUAUGUGUCCUACACCAAAAGAACAGACUUCAAUAUUAAAUCUGGUGACUAAACUGCAAAGUGUACUGGAUAAUCUAAUUGUUGCACCAGGAACUUUUGAAGCUUGUCAAUUAGAAGAGGUAAGACAAGUUGGUAGUUUCAAAAAGGGAACAAUGAUAAAGGGUCACAACAUUGCUGAUAUAGUUGUUAUCCUUAAAACUCUACCGACUAAGACGGCGGUGGAAGCUCUUGGCAAUAAGGUUAAUAAUGAUUUGAAAACGGUAAACCCUAAGGAGAUGUUCAGAGUAAUACAAACAGAGCGAGGAUUUGAUAUCGCUAAUAACGAAGCUACUGUGCGUGUAUUGAUAACCACAUUGCAUCAAAAUCUACGCAAACUAGAAUCUGAUCAACACUUGGACGUUAAAAUUUGUCAAGGACAUCUCGCCGCUAUCAGACAUUCUCGUUGGUUCGAAGAGAACGCCCAUCACUCUAGCAUCAAAGUUCUAAUUCGAUUACUUCGCGAUCUUAGAAGCAGAUUUGAAGGCUUAGAGCCAUUAUCCCCGUGGAUGCUAGAUCUGUUGGCGCACAACGCUAUAAUGAACAAUCCCAGUAGACAGGCGUUGCCGAUUAACCAGGCGUAUAAGAGAGUACUGCAAUUGCUUGCUUCUGGAUUGUUUCUUCCGGGAUCAGCAGGUAUUUCGGAUCCGUGCGAAGGUGGUAACAUACGUGUGCACACUGCUAUGACAUUGGAACAACAGGAUCUCGUGUGUCUCACCGCACAGACCUUGCUACGCGUGUUAGCUCAUGGAGGUUACAGACCAUUGUUGGAAGGCUCUAAUAAAUUAGCGGUGGAAAUGAGUGUUUGGGCAGGUGGUGUUGUAGCAAGCCCAUUGGACAAAGCAUAUGAACCACCUACGGAGCAGGAGCAACAAGAGGAUAUGGAUGAAAGUAAUGAGGAAAUGAUUACUGAGAGCGUUUAGGUUCUUUAAUUGAUGCAUUUCCAAAAUUAUUAUUCAUAAAAUAAAAAAAGAGAAGUUUCCCUUUUUACAUAACAGAAUAAAUACUAAUUAUUUUCAAGUUAUUUUUAAAGACAUAUUGUAUUUAAUAUUUACAUAUAAGAUUUGCUGAUGAAUGAGUUAUUGUGAGUAAUUUGACAUUACAUAUUUGCAUGCUGUUGAUGUUAACACAGCAUAUAAUUUGAAUGUAGGAUUGAAAAUAUUGUACGUGAAAUUUAAAACCCGCUACUUGUUAGUAGAAAAUUUUACGAAUUCGUGAAAUAAAGAAUAGAUUAUGUGUACUCCAUA